ACACCCGAUGUAACUUUUUCUAACACUUUCCACAGUUUCUCCUCCGUUUCUCUCUCCCCCUCUCCCUCUCCCCACAUGUAUGGUUUGUUUUGUUUUGGCUGAACAGCCUCCAAGCCGCGUGUAAGGCUGACCCCUGACCCCGUAGCAUCUUCACCACCUUUCAAAAUCUUAAUGAUUCCUAAUUUUCUCUCUCUCUUUCUCUCUCUCUGUCCCUCCCUCCCUUCCUUUCUUCCUCCUUCCUUUUAGAUUUAUCUUUGAAAGGCAGAGUUCCAGAGAGAGAGAGAGAGAGAGAGAGAGAGGUGUUCUAUCUGCUAUCUACUGGUUCACUCCCUAGUUGACCACAAGGACCAGGACUGGGUCAGGUGGAAGCCGGGAGCCUGGAAAGCCAUCAGGGUCUCCCUCGUGGGUGCCGGGGCCCAAGCACUUGGGCCGUCCUCCACUGCUUUCCCGGGUCCAUUAGCAGGGAGCUGGAUGGGAAGUGGAGCAGCCGGGGCUUCUGUGGCCUUGCAUGGGAAGCUGGCGCUGCAGCUGGUGGCUUGAUCUGCUGCGCCACAACCCAGGCUAGGAUUUUUCAAAGCACGUUCUUCUUGUUGGACUGUUAGGUCUCUAAGUUCGUUUUAAUCUAGAAGAUGGCUCCCUGGGUGCAGCAUUUUUAAAAUGCCUUGAGUCUUUCGCGGUGCUCAGGCCUGCGGUCUUGAGGAAAGGGCUGCCCACAGCGUGUCUCGUGGCUCCGUCCUCUGUCCCCCCUGCUCCCCACAACUGACAGCCCAUCAAAGCUGCCUUAGAUUCCGAUGAAACGUCUCUGGCCGAGAACUUCACAGGGAAGCUUGGGUCCUCCACGUUGCGCCAUCUCCUGCCGCCCUGUCGUCACGCUGCUGAGGUCCCUGGCCCUGGGCCAGCAGUACACAUCUCUGGGCUCCCAGCCCCUGCUCUGCGGCUCCAUCCCAGGCCUGGUCCCCAAGCAGCUGCGCUUCUGCCGCAACUACAUCGAGAUCAUGCCCAGCGUGGCCGAGGGCGUGAAGCUGGGCAUCCAGGAGUGCCAGCACCAGUUCCGGGGCCGCCGCUGGAACUGCACCACCAUAGACGACAGCCUGGCCAUCUUCGGGCCCGUCCUGGACAAAGCCACCCGGGAGUCGGCCUUCGUGCACGCCAUCGCCUCGGCCGGCGUGGCCUUCGCCGUCACGCGCUCCUGCGCCGAGGGCACCUCCACCAUCUGUGGCUGCGACUCUCAUCACAAGGGGCCGCCCGGCGAAGGCUGGAAGUGGGGCGGCUGCAGCGAAGACGCCGACUUCGGGGUGCUGGUGUCCCGCGAGUUCGCUGACGCCCGCGAGAACCGGCCGGAUGCCCGCUCGGCCAUGAACAAGCACAACAACGAGGCGGGCCGCACGACCAUCCUGGACCACAUGCACCUCAAGUGCAAGUGCCACGGGCUGUCGGGCAGCUGCGAGGUGAAGACCUGCUGGUGGGCCCAGCCCGACUUCCGUGCCAUCGGCGACUUCCUCAAGGACAAGUACGACAGCGCCUCGGAGAUGGUGGUGGAGAAGCACCGGGAGUCCCGGGGCUGGGUGGAGACCCUGCGCGCCAAGUACGCGCUCUUCAAGCCGCCCACCGAGAGGGACCUGGUCUACUAUGAGAACUCCCCCAACUUCUGCGAGCCCAACCCAGAGACGGGCUCCUUUGGCACCAGGGACCGGACUUGCAACAUCACCUCCCACGGCAUUGACGGCUGCGACCUGCUGUGCUGUGGCCGCGGCCACAACACGAGGACGGAGAAGAGGAAGGAGAAGUGCCACUGCGUCUUCCACUGGUGCUGCUACGUCAGCUGCCAGGAGUGCAUCCGCAUCUACGACGUGCACACCUGCAAGUAGGGAGCCAGGGCGCUGGGAAGGGGUGAAGCGUGCGGCUGGGUGGAUUCACCGAAGUCUCCUGGGAAGCAGAUGCGAGAGCCCAGCUCAGCCCUCAGUGCCACUCAGCAAGGAGCCCGGACUGUUGCCAGCUGUCCGUGGUAAAUGACCUGGACCCCACCUGCCGCCGCCGCCACCGCCGCCACCGGGAGCCGCUCCUCCCCCUCCCCCUCCGACUCUCACCCCACUCUGGAUGGUGUGUGGUUUUUACAGAAGGGGCUUUCUUUUUAGUUCUCGAGGGUCUGAUCAGAACAGACCCAAGGUUAUCUUUGCACACAUUAAAGAAAAUAAAAAUGAAAACAAAACAAAACAAAAACAAAAACAAAACCAAUUCUCCAACAGCACAGGCUGUGAGCUCUCGGCCUGGUGGUGAAGACCCCCGAUUCUGUCUGCAGACUGCCUGGGAAGGAGGACUGGCGCCCGCACCUCUGGCCACUCCCACUCCUGGCCAUGCUCGCUCGUGUGGCUGGGAGGAGCCCCGGGAAGGUGCGAGGCACUGGCUAGAGCAGAUGCAGUGUUGAGGGCGUUCUGGGGAGCGCUCGGGAGAGCAGUUCUGGGUCCCUCUGUCUCCUGUGCUGCACGAGGCAGGCAGAUCGCCCCCCGCCCCGUGGCCGCCGCUCCUGCCUGGCGGUGGACAUUGGGCGACAGGCCUUCUCCAGCCCCGGCGGCUCCCUAAGAAAAGAGCGGUGUCUUUGGAAGGGGCCAUGCAGUCCUCCCCCGCCCCGCUUCCCCAAACACUGUCCAGGUAGAGCAGCUGGACUCCUGGUCCCUAGUGUGAGUCAGACACGGGGUCAGCGAGAGGGAGGCUAACCGGAUCGCGGAAUCCCAGCUUUGGGACGAGUAGGUGGGGAGGAUGAGGACGGGCCCCUCUGUCUGCUCCCCAGGGACGCGCCUACCUGCGCCCCUCCCUCUCCCUCUCCAGUGCACGAGAGAAAAGGAGACAGAGGGCUUCCCCGCAGCGCCCAGGGUCUGGCUCCCGGCGCCUCCCUGCCCAGGCCUCCUCGAAGCACACGGGUCCUGCUGGGGGACCUGGGGCACAUGAGCAGAGUGGGGCAAGUGGAUUUGCCAGCACGGACCCAGCCAACUGCGGCGUGGUCGGGAGAGUCGUGGCCGAGGAGCAGCGCCGAACAAAGAUUGUUCUUUCUUCCCGCUUCAUCUCUGGUGUCUCCCUGAGGCUGACCCUGGCCCCUGGCCCAUGCCCCCACCGCGGUGGGAAGUGCCCCUCCCCCUGUCACCCAGCGAUGUCGCUCGCUUCCUGUGAGAAUUCUUCAGCAGAGUGGAUCCACACUUCCCCAGCCGUCGUUCCAUGUCUCUGUGUUCUCAUCACAAGUGAUAAAGUCACGUUUCCGGGCGGAUUCGAGUAGCCAAGACAUCCCCGUUCAAGGGUAGCACGAGUGCGUGGUCAGGUCGCAGCAUCCCACGGAGACUCCUCCCAACCUGCUGUAUCCAAAGUUUUGUAAAAAGUUGUAGAAGUUGUUGAUCUUUUUCAUUUUAUAUUCGAAAAGUCUCUUUUUAUAAAUAUUAUUUAUUAUACAAUGUAUAUACCUUUGAGUUAACUAAGAUUAUAUAUUAUAUAAAUAUAUAUAUAUUUGGAGAAAAUA